UUUUACCACAUUUGACGCACACCUCACCUCUCUCCUGCAAUCUGGCUGCUAGUAUCAGUUCGUUGGAUUCAAUUCCAGUCUCUCCAUCUUAGAUUCAUUCAUCGUUUUAGAUCGAAUUUUGUCCUCUCUCUCCCCAAAUCCCCGAACCCUAACCCUAGUUUUCCCGAUAUCUGGGAAUGGCCACCGAGGAACCAGUCACCGUGGUCGAAACCACCGCAGCCGUGGAGGUGGAGGCCGAGGCCGCUCAGGAGGAGAAUCCUGCCCCAAAGGCCGCAAAGUCCAAGAAGGCCAAAGAGCCCAGGGCUAGGAAGCCCCCUGCGCCGAGGAAGCGCGGUGCUCCGACCCAUCCUCCGUACUUUGAGAUGAUCCAGGAUGCGAUUGUUACGAUGAAGGAGAAAACAGGUUCUAGCCAGUAUGCCAUCGCGAAGUUCAUCGAAGAUAAGCAGAAAAACCUUCCUUCUAACUUCAAGAAGCUGUUGCUGGUUCAAUUGAAGAAGCUUGUGGCGUCCGGAAAGCUGGUGAAAGUCAAGGCCUCUUACAAGCUUCCGCCCUCUCGGUCCAAGCCUGCAACUGCGCCGGUGAAGAAGAAGCCGCUACCAGCAUCCAAGGCCAAGGCUAGCAAGGCUGCCACCACCAAGGACAAGAAGGCCCCGGCUAAGGCAAAAGCGAAGCCAAAGGCCAAGGCUGCUGUUCCGGCCUCAUCAAAGGCUAAAGCCGCUGCAGCAAAGCCCAAGCCCAAGCCCAAGCCAAAGGCCAAGCCAGUUGCUAAGGCUAAGCCCACUGCCAAGCCCAAGGCGGCGGCGGCUGCUGCUGCAAAGCCCAAGGCUGCUGCCUCCAAACCCAAGGCUACUCCAGCGAAGCGCAAGGAGGCUCCCAAGUCAAAGCCAGAGAAGAAGCCGGCGAAGGCAGCCCGGACGUCAAGUCGCACCACUCCAGGGAAGAAAGCCGCACCUCCAAAGGCGGCGGCAAAAAAGGCGCCGGCCAAGAAGGCACCGGCAAAGAGCGUCAAGCCAAAGACAGUAAAGUCACCGGCGAAGAAAGCAACGGCCAAGAGGGGGAGGAAGUGAGAGAAAGGAGAAAAUAGUUGUUUGUUGUAGGGCUAGAGAUGUAAAUGUGGUCAAGUUUGUGGGCGUAUUUGCGCCCGUAGGAAAAAUAUUACAGGACCGGGUUUUUUUUUUCUUUUUUUGGGGGGGUUAACAUUUUCAUUUUAAUUUUUUUAGUUUUUCCUUUUUUUUUUUGGCUGAUAUAGUAGUCACGGUCACGGUGGGAUUGAAACAUGGGGUUUAGGUGUAGUGAUAAUGUUGAAUCUUUAGUGAGAUGAUGAAUUUUCGUAGCAUUUUAUGGUUCCUCACAUUA